AAACUUUCACAGACUGCACGAUUUAGAAAUAAAGAAACCCACCCAAGUGAAACUAUAAUGGAUUCGAAUCAGGUAUGCAAUUGUUCGGUUUACGAAUUUCGCUAAGACUAUGAACAACGAGUCGGAAUUUUGUUUUUCGAUUAGGUAUGUUACAAAUGUUUGUAGAUUAGAAUUUUUUCUUUCGCUUCGCAUCCUCUUUUUUCUUCUACUCUUUUUCUCGCGAAAUCUACUCACCAAAUCACGCGUAUACGUAUAAUAUAAACAUUAGAACUGUUUGGUUAGUUACAAAUUCUGGUCAAAUAUUUUGAAUAUUUUUAUACCCGCAGCGGUAGAACUAAGUUUUAAAAUAAAUUUACAAGGAACUCGUAUCAAUCACUAUAUGUUGAAAGUAAAUAUUCAUAUACAAACACGUUAUAGUUACACAUGCAUUUAUGUAUAAUGUUUAUAUUUGUAUCUACUUUGUCUACACCCACCACGAAGAUGCAUAACAACAUGCAUGAUAAUCUGCGAUACACGCCUAAAACAAACUGCAACUUGCACUGUAGUAUUGUGACUUAUUAUAUGGAGAAGAGAGAGAGAGAGAGAGAAAGAGAGAUUUGAUUACGAACGCAACAAAGAAGAGGAAAAAUUAGUUUGAAAAAAAAAAGCUAAAAGCUUUCUUCGCGUGCUUUCACGUGAUCGUUUAUCCGCUUAUCAAUACGUAUACGCACAUCAAAGGGGAAAAUAUAACUUUCCGAGUAUCUAUAACAAUGAAACCUUCCGAUAAUGUUUUCUAUAAAUUAAGUUAUUAAGAGAAAACUUGAACUUACGCGGAUAAGAUGCAAAAGAGGUUGUAUCGAUACAUCAGAGCUGCAUUGAAGAGCCGUUUUCAGCGAUUGAUCUUUUGAUCGGUUAAUGAAACACAUACUCCAACAAAUGAGGCAGGAAUUUCCAACCAUCAUGGCUGACGUCCACUACCGUGUCCUCAAGAAGAAGUGGUCGAAUCUUUUGCAACAAUACAAAGAACUGAAGAACCCGGUGCACGGCGACAAGAAUAAAUCAGACGACAUAUCGUGGCCAUUUUACGGCGCAAUCGACGAGGUGCUUGGCGCAGGUUACGGCAAUCGUAACGACGAGGACGACGUUAAUCCGCAUGAAUUUCUAUGCCUCUCGGUGACCCCAGACGAGUCGGCUUUGCCGCAAGACGAACAACGGGCAGACUCCGAAACCGAGGAAUCGAACUCGAUCACCGCUCUAAGACGGUUGCGAAGUAUCAAUGAAGACUUUUCAAUUGAAAUUGAACGGCUGCCCAGGGUUCCGAUACGCCGACCUAGAACUUCUGCAACCAGAGCGUCGCUGAUCGCGCAGGAAUUGAGGCGUCGAAAUGCGAGCGAGGUUUUGGUCUCACGACUGCCACCAGCGACUGAACUGUCGAUCAAAACGGUGAGCAGAUCGUCAUCGUCCUCGGUGCCCGUUCUCCGGGUCAACAAUUUUUCAAAGGACCGAAGUACUAACCCGUCUUCCAAUAUCGGACGAUUCUUGCGGAGCGACGACGCCUUGGCGGUAACGAAAAUAAACGGUAAUCAUUCCAUGAAAGAUGGAGAUGAAGAUGACGACGACGACGAAGACGACGAAGAGGCGGUUGAAGAGGUGGAUGGUUUAGAACUGGAGGAAGAAAUAGAAGAGGUGGAAGAAGAUGAGCCUCCUCAGAAACGGAGGAAGAGGAGGAAACUCGAGGGAACAUGCCACGGUCAUGAAUGCAGUUUAGAAAAAUGUCUGAGCGAGUUUUUCGAGUACACGAAACGUCGUGAUGAAGAAAACCGUGUGAUCAUGAACCGGAUUCUCAACGCCGUUGAAAGAAUCGCCGAUAAAUAGUGAAAAGUGUGUGUCGUUAUUGUCGUUAGACUCAGUGACUUGUCAAUAUUUUAGUCUAGAAUGAAGCGCUCCGAAAUCGCCUUAUUUUGAGUACCGUGACUAAACCGUUUUAUACCGACCACUGGUGUCCAACUUUUUCAAACUGAAACUAAUUUUAUACUUCGUUCGGAUUUCAACUAUUGCAAGAUUCGAUUCAUCGGUUAUUAUACGUUAUAAGCAAACUUUGUUUCUUCGGAAAUUGUACUUCGAAAAUACGUUGCAGCAUAAUGUGAAGCGUUCGUGUUUCCGUCGAGAGAGUCGGGUUUCGUUUGAAAAUAAAUUUCAAGUCACCAUCUCUCGCCUGAAACGUGUAUCUGUAUUUGAUUUUCUAACGGCGAAGUAGAAAAAGACGAAAUCAUUAUUCACGGAGCACAAAAGCGUCGCCUGGCUGCGGCUGUAAAAUAUGAGACGAGAACGAAGGAACUACGAAACUUAGAAAAAGGAACCAGACAUCCACCUGUUUAGUGUCUUUUCAAUACCUUUUCUUUUUUUCAUUCUUAUAUCAUACUUUGUUCUUUGAUAUACAUGUAUUAUGGGAUUCUGGAUGUUUAUGGGUAACAAUGAGCUGUUUUAAUCGUAAGUAAAUGUUUAAUAAAAUACAAAUGAAACCGA